AUGUACACACAAAUCAUUUCAAUCCUCCUAUCCGCUUGUGUAGUAUUGUCACUCAUUCAAUUCAUUUAUUCACAAUUGACAACCACAGCUACCAAUUUCGUAGAGUUUGCACUUGAAGAACUUGAAGGCGUUGUCACAGAUAGAUCACCCAUCGGAAAUGGACAUCCUGAAAUUGGAGUCCAACGUCGUAAUAUCCCUCACUACUUGGGGGACUUUUCUCAAGUUUCUUAA